CGUGCGUGCGUGAAAGAAAGCAAACAGCAAACAAAAGUUACGGCAAAAGCAAAACAGUUGCGCGAAACAUUCUGUGAUAGAAAAUUAGUAAUAUCGUCGUUUCAGCUCUAUCGAAUCUUUAAACGAUGACGAACAAGUACGAUGCAAGCAGACCAUACGCCAGCGACAGCGAUGAUAGCGGCGAUGAGGGAUCCGAUUUCGACGUCGACAAACUGGAACCGUUGGAAGUUGGACCCGGCGAGCACAAGCUACAGCACACCUACUGCCUAUGGUUUGGCAAAAAGGGUUCUCACCGUGCGGCGGAAUACAUAAAAUCGCUACACUUUGUGGGACGAUGUGCCAGCGUUGAGCAGUGGUGGUCACUAUACUGUCACCUAAUAAAACCGACCGUGUUGAGGCCCUUCCGAAGGUUGCAUCUGUUCAAGAGCGGAAUUAAGCCAAUGUGGGAAGACGCUGGCAACGUGCGCGGAGGCAAAUGGGUGAUCCGCCUGAAGAAAUCGAAGAUCGAUCGGGCAUGGGAGAACGUGUGCAUGGCGAUGCUGGGGGAGCAGUUUCUGGUCGGUUCGGAAAUCUGUGGCGUCGUGCUGUGCACCCAGUUCCCCGAGGACGUCCUGUCUGUGUGGAACCGAACGGCCACGGAUACGGUCAGCACUAACCGUAUCCGGGACACGUUGCGGCGCAUACUGAACCUACCUCAAUCGCAGCACAUCGAGUAUAAACCGCACUGUGACAGCCUGAAAUUUCUCUGAGAGAACCGGAUCCGGCCCAUGUCUACACGGCUUCACCAUCGUAUGCCUCGGAUAGUGCUGCACAUGAUGGUGCUACACACACGCUCACAGACACACUUCCAAAGUCUGACCCGGUUGGCUUUCUGUACAUGUCUUAAGGCGUCCGAUCGUUGAUUGGAUCGAACUCUUACCGAAUCCAAAUUUUUCCUACAAUAA